AUGAACUCUAACAACGUUUCUUCGUCUAAUAAUAUCGCUCCCGCUUGCAAUAACAAUAUUAACAAUAAUAACACUUUAAAUAAUGAUUUACCUCCUAAUAACACCAACUCAUCCUCUAAUAACGACACUCCCACUUGCAAUAACAAUAAUAAUGCUUUAAAUAAUGAUUUACCUCCCAAUAACAAU